AUGCCGGGAGCGCGUCGCGAGAGGACGAGCACGGGGAGGACGAACGGGCAGAAGAUGACAACGACCUUGGAGGGGAAAAGGGAGGAGGCUGAAAAAAGGGAGAGCAGGCCUCGGGCAAAGUCAGUGCUGGAAGGAAGGAUGGCCGGAGUUGUCCAAGCUGAGCUGAGCGUGAAGGAGGGGAGGGAGGAGCGAGCUGGCACGAGAAGAAGUCGCUCGCAUGCUACGGAGCUCGCGGAGGAGCAGAAAAGUCAGAGUCAUGUAAUGCCAGGCUGGAACAAGUGGAGGCAGGGAGGUUUGAGGGACUGUGUCAAGGCAGCCAAGGCGUGCGACUCGCGGGGAGAAGGCUUGUUGGGGAUCGAGGAGCUGAAAAAGAUGGCAACCAUGAUGGGAGCCAGCAGCAGGGAGGCACAGUUGUUGCUAGACAGCUGCCCGAGCAUAGAGCUGCCAGGGACAGGCAAGAGGGUGGUCACGUAUCAGAGUCUUUUCCGAUACCUGUGGCCAAACAGCGCAAGAGCUGGGAGUGAGGACGCAGGAAAUGCAAGGAGGGAACCGAAAUAUCUUUUCAACCCGCACCUCAAGUCAGGAAUCCUCAACGAUGUGCGAGAGACGACUCUGGAUGAGAUUGGAGAGAAGAGGUCUUGCGAGGUUUUCUGA